AUGGCCGCAGAGCAAUCUGGCAUUCUCAUAGAGCAAAUCAACACGGCCGAAGACAUGGUUGAGGCAAUCAACCCCGUCUGCGAAACGUUCGGUAAACAGACGCAUGAUGGCUUGUGGACAGCCAUGAACCCAAGCUGGGACACUCCGCAAGGAAAGGCACAGGCGACCUCUCGUAUGGUACAUCGUUGGCGAGCAGCCACCAAGGAUCACCAGGGCCGUCCGAAUACAAUAUUCCUCAAGGCAACGGUACCCCGUGACGGAGCGGCUCCAGGAGGGGCACGCAAGAUUGUCGGCACAGCCAUUUGGCUCCAACUCUCCAGCGUUGCCGGCCACGGCGAUCUGCCCGCCGAAGACCUGAGCAAAGCCCUCGAUCUUGACAAGAUAUAUCCGGGGAACGAGGCGGAGCAAAGGUACCUCUGCCAGGCGAUCCAUUCUCUUCAUCGCCAGCGUAUAGACCUGGUGAAGAAAAAGGCCGACUCCUUGCCUCCCUCUGCCAUGGUCCUUGACUUGUGUGUCGUCGACCCGGCCUACCAAGGCAGGGGCAUCGCAAAGCAGCUGGUUCAAUGGGGGCUGGACGAGGCAAAGACCAGGGGAGGUUUGGAGUGUAUCACGGAGGCUUCAGUCAUGGGGAGACGAGUGUAUGAGAAGAUGGGGUUUCGACAGGAAGGCCCAGAAAUUGUCUACGUGGUUGAUGAGCAAUUUGCGCAUCGUGAUCGACCUUCGAAUGUUUUCAUGAGGACUGGGAACGGCGAGCUGGGCUCGCUUUCGACAGUCUAA